UAUCCACUAACUCUCUCGCUAAAACCCAUUUUCCCAUAAACAUUCCUUUUCUCUUUCUGCUAGUGGUCAAAAUUCAAAAUUUGAUCACCAGAAAGCCCUAACGUAUGCAUUCGGAAUGAGUUCUGUAUAUUUAUGUAGGUGAAAGUUUUCAGUCAAUUGAUCAUCACAAGUUAAGAAACGAUGGCGACAUCGGCGUUCAAAUCAACGACCAAGAGGGCUUCUGUUGACGCCUCCAGUUCCGAGCAUUCCGGGAGUGCCAGCAGCUCUCUCCGCCGCUCACGGAGUCUAAGCCGAUUCUCCCGGCCCAUCCAGGCCCAGCCGGACGAUAUACUACCGAACUACAACAAGAACGAGGCAAGGGAAAAGUUCGUGGACACUAAGAGGAGGCCGACGACGCAGUUCUCUGAGAUCAGUUUGGAUGAUCUCGCGCUCGAGUUCUUCUCAUCUUCUUCUUCGAGGAAUGAGAAUGGGAGCGACGGGGGAGUAGGGGAUAGGAAGGAGCGAGAGGGGCGCUCGGUUUCUCGGCGUGGGGAAAUAGGGCGGUGGGCGAGUGAUACGGCUUCUUCGAGGAGGCGGGGGCGUUCGGUGUCGAGGAGCCGUGGAGAUGUUUCUUUGAGUAGCUCCGUCUCCAGGACCAAAAAUGUCAGUUUGUCUGAUGCCGGUUCACGGAGGCGAAGGUCGCUAUCGGUGGCUCGGUAUCAACUUAGCGACUCUGAGAGUGAGGUGGAUCAUUCUUGGAAUUCAACCAAUCAUGCUAACUUGAAGGCUCCUAGGAAUGGGAAUCGUCAAUUGCCUUUGGCACCAAAAGCAACAGCUUCAAGCAAUCGAACUCUGGGUAGAACUUGGAGCCAUAAAGAUCUCUCUAUUUUACAUGAUGGAUACUCUAGCCACUCGUCCGCCCUUACUGAUGAUGAAUCGAAGAGUAGUCGUCUCAGGAACAAUGGAUUUGAGAAGAUAAUCCGAGCAGUUCAUGCUCAAAAGAAGGCUGAGCACCCUAGUGAGGAUGUUGCAAGUGGUGAACUGUAUGAAGUGAUGAGGAAAGAACUCAGAUAUGCUGUUGAAGAGAUCCGAACUGAACUAAAUCAAGCAAUGGGUAGAAGCCAGACAGCUUUAACUAGUUGCUUGGAAUCAGACAAAUCUGAGUCUUUUCAGGACUUUCCAAGAACCAAAAAAAAUUAUUCUACGGAGUUGGAACUGUUGGAGAAGCACAAAGAAGAUCUUCACGCUCAAAUGUUGCGUGGGGAACGAGGACGGGGAGUCUCUAAAAUGGUCAAAGAACAUCCUGAUUCAAGGAAUUCAGCUGUAGCAGAGAAGCCAUCACGAGCUAGAAAGAGGAGUAGCGACAAACAUAGGAUGUCAAAAAGAUUGACUGAGGAAGCGGAAAAGUACUUUGAGGAUUUCAUUUCUAAUGUUGAGGAUACGGACAUAUCUUCUUUUGAUGGAGAAAGAAGUGAUGGAAGUUCGACUCUAGGAGGAACUAUGAGGCCAAGAGAUUCUACUGUAAGAAUGGUUGAACCUUACAAGAGCCCAACUGGAUCUACUUCUUGUCCUGGUGAAAUGGAUGGUAUUAUUUUGCCUUGGUUGCAGUGUGAGCCAGGUACUGAUGGUUCUCUCUCAGCCAAUACCAAGGCACAGACUCCUAUCACUCCGAAAUCACUUCAAUGGGUUCCGGAAAAGGACAUCUUCUCGUUUCACGACCCAAGUAAUCAUUCCACCAGCAGUUGCGCUAGUUGGAGCCCAAGUCUCCUCAGCAGUCUUACUGAUAUAAACACAUGCCAAACCAGACAAUCACACAUUGACUGCUCGUCUUGCUAUGAUGUGGACGACUACAUUAAACUUCGGAAUAAUGAGGAACUUCUGUUUGAAAUGUAUAGAGAAAGGAGCAGAAUCAAUUCAGACAGCAGGUAAAGCCAAGGAAAUUAUUGCAAGUUUGUUCAUCAGUCGUCGCAUGACAAACGCAUGGAACUAGUUUAUCAAUCUGGAUUGCAACACCACAGGACCAUAGACUAGUGCUACUACGACAAGUCUGGUUUAGCAAUGGCAGGCACACGACUCCACGAUAAACACCAGACUUUAGUUUCCUGCUGGCGAUAUCCAUUGGAAAGUCGAAGUUUCAAAAAUUUUCCAGGAGAAAUCAACGCUGUCAUUAAGUUGAUCCUCACUGAAUUUGACCUUCCUUUAUUUGUAGUGUGGAUUAAUUAAGUUCAU